AUGGCGCCGGCAGAGCCCGGGCCCAGGCUGCGCUCCCCUAGCAGCGGGGAGCUCUCCGAGAUCAUCUUCAACAACCGCAGCCCGCGCUCCGUCCUCCCGCUCUGGGUGGAUUUUGAGGGCAAGCUGCGUUCCUAUCCCGUCUUGCGGCCGCGCACCGGCAGGCUCAUGCACAGCUACCGGGGUCACCUCUGGCUGUUCCGGGACGCGCGGACAAACGAUGGACUCCUCGUCAACCGGCAGGAGCUGUUGGUGGUGGCUCCAAACGUGCGCACAGCAGACAUCACCCUGCCAGUGUUCACCCUGAAGCAGAGAUGCCUCCAAGUGGUUCGCAGCCUGGUCAAGCCCAUGGACUACAGGAAGCUGGACAUUGUUUGGUCGCUGUAUGAGGAGCUGGAGGAUCAUCCUGACGUUGGGAAGGAUCUUCAGAGGCUUUCCCUGGAGAGAAGCAAGAUGCUGAAGAACGGAGCUGUGGAGCAGGGUCAGUGACCCCAGACUGCAGAGCGAAGCACUGAGGUUGAGCAGGGAUGGUCCUCACCAAAUGUGCACAGAGCUGCUGCCCGUGUUGUAAGUUCUGAAAUACAAACUCAGGCUGUGGGGAGCUCGCUGUCAUGGUAGAGCAGAUCCAAAGGACUCAACAGCAUGGAGAAGUGCACCUGGUCUUCUUCAGCAUUCCAGGGAGGUGCCUGCUCCAAGUCCUUUCCCAUCACAGGGCAGUGGCUCACAUUGUAGCUGGAGGCCUUCUGGGGGAGCAUGGACCACAGC